CAGCUUUCCUCUAUGCGCAUGGUGGUGUUCUGUGUAAGGGCAACUGAGCAUGCUUGUGUUCACUUUUAUUGGCUCGCUUGCUUUGAUCAAUUUAAAAAGUAUAAGAGCUAAUAAUGGUAGCAAGAAUUGGAUUCUGAACACAAUAAUGCAUUCAAAGUAAAUAGAAUAACAUUCUGAAGGGAAAGAACAGAAUGUGCUCCGUUACACUUUGCCUGUCCUGAUAUAUAUUACCAUUCUAGAAGACUUGCGUAAAUCAGAGUUUUCAAAACGAAUUCCAGUCCCAGUUUAAUCCGUAAACCUCUUACACUAGAAUACCAAUCUCUACUUCUCUGCAAAACCAAAAGAAGGCUACGAAUGGAGGCGGUGAAACUGUCCUUACCAAUCUCUACUCCACUGCGAAGCCAUCCAGCACUUGGCCUUCAAAGCAACAAUCAUCUCUCAUCCUACUUCAAUAUUAUUCCCCUCAAGGGCUGUUUAAAGAUUUCAAGUAGCUCUGGCUUUAGCUGUUUGAAUGGGCGUGUUGUUAGAUGUGCAGCCGAUGUGGCGCCCAGCAGUUUUAUUCCUGCAGCCCCAAUUGUUCUAAGCGAAGGGCCAUGGGAACAGGUCCCUGGUGGUGUUACCGCUGCAAAGGGCUUUAAAGCAGCAGGAAUGUAUGGUGGACUUAGAGCAGUAGGCAAAAAGCCUGACCUUGCUCUUGUUACCUGUGAUGUUGAUGCUGUUGCUGCAGGUGCAUUUACACAAAAUGUAGUUGCAGCGGCACCUGUGCUCUAUUGUAAAAAGGUUUUGAGUGCAUCUUCUAGGGUGCGUGGAGUUUUAAUUAAUGCAGGUCAAGCAAAUGCUGCAACGGGUGAUGCUGGCUAUCAGGAUACUCUAGAUUGUGCUGAAGCUGUUGCCAAGCUUCUUGAAGUUAGUCCAGAAGCGAUUUUGAUCGGAUCAACUGGUGUUAUAGGUCACCGAAUAAAAAAGGAAGCUCUGGUAACGUCACUGCCAAAAUUGGUGGGUUCAUUAUCUUCAACCAUUGAAGGAGCUGAUUCUGCCGCUGUAGCUAUCACAACAACUGAUCUUGUCAGCAAAAGUGUAGCCCUUGAGACUCAGAUAGGAGGAGCAACUGUGAGAAUUGGAGGCAUUGCAAAAGGUUCAGGAAUGAUUCAUCCAAACCUGGCUACAAUGCUCAGUGUUAUAACUUCGGAUGCAGUGGUUUCAGCAGAUGUAUGGAGGAAAAUGGUCUUGACAUCAGUGAAGAGAAGUUUCAAUCAAAUUACUGUUGAUGGAGACUCAAGUACAAAUGAUACAAUUAUUGCAUUGGCUAGUGGUGCAUCUAGAGCCAAGGAAAUAACUUCUCUUGAGAAUUCAGAAGCCAAUCAGCUACAAACAGCGCUUGAUGCUGUGUUACAAGGUUUGGCAAAGUCAAUAGCAUCAGAUGGUGAGGGUGCGACAUGUUUGAUUGAGGUGACAGUGACGGGUGCCAAUAAUGAAUUGGAAGCAGCAAACGUUGCCCGAUCAGUGGCAUCUUCAUCACUGACAAAGGCUGCCAUUUAUGGUAGGGAUCCAAAUUGGGGCCGUAUUGCUUGUGCAGCCGGUUAUGCUGGGGUUCACUUUAACCCAAAUAAUCUCCGGAUUGCACUUGGGGACAUUCUGCUCAUGGAUGGUGGACAACCAUUGCCAUUUGACCGAGCAUCAGCAAGUGCUUAUCUCAAAAAAGCUGGAGAGAUCCAUGGCACAGUUUUUAUCAGUAUAUCCAUAGGAUCCGGCCAGGGCUCUAGUCAAGCAUGGGGUUGUGAUUUAAGCUAUGAUUAUAUCAAAAUUAAUGCAGAGUAUACCACAUAAUGCAAAUUGUAUUCUGAUGUAAUCUGAGUCCAAAGCUAUUCUAGCUCGCUCUGGGCCUAGCAGAAUUAUAAUAGGUGGAAAGAAGACUAUCAAUAUGAAACAACAAAGCCAUAGUGAAAAAUAGACGGAAAUAGUCAGUGAAAUUGACCUAAAUGUAAUAGUUCUUAUGGGUCAACUAUUCUGGAGUACGUUUUAUAGAUUAUGAUUUAUGCUAUUCAGGUUUGUUCAAUUUACAGCAAUUAUAAGGGUAAAGAAGUUUUUCUUUCAAUAGUAAGAAAUAAUACUGUAGAUGAGAGAAAAUUCCCCAUCCAAAUUCUGAUCGCAAUUACUCAUGUAUCAAGAAUUGAAAUUCGUUGACAUUCAAGGAUGUGGACAUUGAAGUGUGACUGUGUUCUGUCACACAUUUAAUGAAGAGGUUUAUGAAGCUUUUGUUA